GGAGGUACGAGACUAUCUUUUAUCAAUUAAAAUCGCUAAGGAAUAAGCAUUAGUGAUUUGUCUAUCGGUGGAGUUGAUAGUGGAUCGUCAGAGAGGAACCCGAAAACCUCCGAUGAUGGUUCCUCGGUUUUUUGUGGAAUUUGUUAUCAUUUUUUCAAUUUUUUGGUGGCCCACUCAUGGGAGAAUCCUGACAAACUGUGAAGCUGCCAAGGAGCUCCAGAAGGCUGGCAUCCCCAAGACGUUCAUCAGCAAUUGGGUUUGCUUGAUGAGGAGUGAGAGCGGUAUGAACACGAGUUUGAUGAAGGGGCCGGGUACAUCCUCGAGCUUCACCUACGGAAUUUUCCAAAUCAGCAGUCUCAACAACAAGUAUUGCAUAAGAGGAAGAAAAGGUGGAGUGUGUAAUAAAAAAUGCGAGGACUUCUUGAACGACGAUAUCAGCGACGACAUCAUCUGCGCGUCAAAAAUUGAAAAGGCCGAAGGGUUCAAGUACUGGAAGGGUUGGCUCAACAAGUGCAAGAGCAAACCACUUCCUGAUGUCGCUAAUUGCAAGAGGAGAAGAAGAAGGGACACCAUAAAUUCGGAUAUCAUACUCUGAUCACAUUGUUUGCGCCUCAACUCUGUUAUCAAUAAAAAUCUAUUUAUCUGUCUGAAGCAAUCCA